AUGAAAUGCAUAAUAACAAUGAUAACAGCAUUACUAAAACAGCCAGUGACUUUGAAAAUUCUCACGUCAGAUAAGAAACGUUUUGAUGGAAUACGUUUGCUCUUGUUACAGAAAACGCGUAUUCAUUGUGGAUCAUCUCACAAUUCCAAUGACCCUAAAUGCUCGGUUGUGAAAUCAUUUCGUGCAUCUUUGACGAGGAAACUACUAUCAAUUUUUCCUACAUCGUCUUACUCAACCGAUUGUCCAGCUGAUUUUCCACGUCUCGCUUCGGCUCAAUUUGCGUCUAUACCCAAUACGACCACUAAUUCGAUUUUGUUAAAAUUAGAUGUCAUUAAUAAGUGUAUGAAUAACCUGAAUGACAAUAUCGAAAUACUGGCACGCAAAACUGAACAAUUUGAGAAGUUUAUGGCUGACAAGAUUGAAUCGGACAUACAAUUCGAUGAAAGAAUUCAAGCACUCGAAAUGAAUAAAGCAACAAUCGAAACCAAUGUCAAACAGCAACAUAGAAUCUCUACUCGACAUGAAAACAUGUUUAUGAAACUAGUGUUGCCGAUAUUGGAUGAAGUUAUGAAAUUUACAGCCUCAUUAAACAGGGACAAUGGUGGUAGAGUGAUGGAUGCGGAUUUUCGUGCAAAAAUGGACCGUAUGCGUGCUCAACUGAACAACUGUACUCAGGGUAAAAAUUUUCAGUGA